AACUGAGCCACGGACACCAGACGUUUCAACGUGCCUUUGUCACAGAAACAGAAACCGCCAGUGCGAGUUUGUUUGAGGCGACCACGCAGUUUAUUUGAUGUCAAACACCCUGCAGAGGCGUAGAUGGUUUGGUCUGUAGUAGGUGGGACUGCCGAGCGGUCUGCAGCAGGACGUCGUAGAUCAAUGAACCGGACCGAAGGGUUGGUCCAUCGCCUGGUGUGCAUCUGACUGUAUGAGUCAGUAUAGGCUACCUAUGCAGGACCGAGGCUUUUUUUUGUACUGUUAACCAGCUCGUUCAGUAUGUUUUAAAACCGACUCGCUAUUUCAUAGUGCCCCUACACCGCUUGGAUUCCGUCUCUAGUGGCUCCUCGUUGCGAUUUUCUUUUUUUGGGAAAUAAAAUAUAUCUGUAUCUCCAGGAUGAUCUUCGCAAACACAGGCAACCCGCUGAAGACAGUCAAUCGUAAACAGUCCUACCCCAUGACUCCGUCCAGUCCCAGCAGCAGCAGCAACAGCAGCAGCACAGGCCUGGAGCAGCUCAGCAAAACCAACCUGUACAUCCGCGGCCUGCCUCCUGCCACUACAGACCUGGACCUGGUCAAACUCUGUCACCAGUAUGGCAAGAUUCAGUCAGCAAAAGCAAUCCUGGACAAGACAACCAACAAAUGUAAAGGUUACGGCUUUGUGGACUUUGACAGCCCUGCGGCUGCUCUAAAGGCAGUACAUGCUCUGAAAACCAGCGGCAUACAGGCCCAGAUGGCCAAGCAACAGGAGCAGGACCCCACUAAUCUGUACAUUUCCAACUUGCCUCUCGCUGUGGAUGAGAAAGAGUUGGAGAACAUGCUGCAGCCCUUCGGCCAGGUCGUCUCCACCCGGAUCCUCCGAGACUACAGCGGUAACAGCCGAGGCGUGGGCUUCGCCAGGAUGGACACAACAGAGCAGUGUAAUGCAGUCAUCUCCCACUUCAAUGGGAAGUUUAUCAAGAUAGCUUCUGGAACUCUGGCUCCCUCUCAGCCCUUGCUGUGUAAGUUUGCAGACAGUCAAAGGAAGAAACAUGCUCACAGCGGAUUUGUUCCCAAUGGACAUACAGGGGAUCUAAGACUAGGUGCAAUGACUCUUACCUAUGACCCCUCCUCAGCGGCUAUACAGAAUGGGUACUAUCCUUCUCCGUAUCCAAUGAGCAACAGGAUAAUGACAAUGCAGCCUGCGAUGUCUCCCUACAUGUCUCCAGUCUCUGCUUACCAGGUACAGAGUCAUUCUUGGGUGGCACAUCAACCAUAUAUCAUGCAACACCCGGGUGCUGUGAUGUCUCCCUCUGUGGAUCCCUCCAUGUCACUGCACCCUUCAGCCAUGAUUACUCAGCAGAUGGGCCAGCUGUCACUGGGAAACAAUGGAGCGUAUAUUUCAGCCAACCCUGGUGUCCAGGGAGCUUACAUGCCUCAGUAUCCUCCCAUGCAGGCAGCAGCUGAAAACGGCACGCCGCAACAAGUGGAUUCUUCCAACAACUCGUCUCCUUACAGUCAACUCAGCAAGUAAUCACAGUUUUAGGCUUGAUUCCCGCUCUGUGAGCCAGAGGGCAGGUGGGCAGGUUGCCAAUGACAUCCCAGGGGUAACAGUCACCGCCUUCUCUGAUUGGACCAGAUACAUGAACUUUUUUGCACAGCCCCAAUGUUUGUGGUGGAAAAUGAGGACAGUGUAAAAUGGACUCAAGCAGUUGGCUAAUCACAGAAAAAAAAAAAAAAGAUUUAUUUUGAUAAAAAACAACAUGCUCUUUUUUCCCCUCUUUUUUCAAGGAUUCUCAAACAAAUGCCAGAGGACCCCCACCCCUCCCCCAGUAUGAUGUGAUAUUAAAAUGCAUGAGAUUGAGAUAGCCCCCCCCCCUCCAAGAUUUCUAUGAUUUUAUAGUUCCUUUAUUUGUGAUAUAUGAAAGAAAAACUUGCAAAACCUUGUUUGCACUGAAGUUUAAAGUUUCAGAAUAUCCUCAUUUUGCUUUUCAAAGUCGCCACAAAAUAGCUUACAAAAUCAAAUAAUGUUUGACUGCAAUCGACAGCUGAUACAGGUGGCCAUUUCAUUAGGUAAUUAAUGCAUUUAUUAUUGGAAAAGGUGCCUUCCUUAUGUCACAUCAAACAUUCUCCAACAUUUCUUUCAUCGAACUUGAUCAGGUGUCAUAUUUCAUAUCUGAUUAAUCAAACGUGUGUGUGUGAAAUCAUAGAGAUUUCCAUUGAGUGUUUCGCUAUCUAGUCUUCUGGUAGCAAUAAAGACAAUGAGAGUCCCACGGCAAUACUGAGAAAAAAGAACGGUGACAGACACAGAGCAAGGUAAUUCCUUAUUUUCCCUCUUUCCUUUUUUAAAAAAUCUUCAAGACAUGACAUGAAAAAAAGAGCCGUACUUUUAUGAAAUUACAAGUUUUACACCCAAUGGACAUCUUUUAGGAGGUUUUUUUUUUUCUUCUUGUGGUCAGUUUGACCAGUGAUCUACCUCAUUAGUUCUGCUGGAGUCUGCUGGUGUUAUGGGGUUUGCAGGUAAAGCCCCCUUGUUCACCAGAAUGGACGAAGCAGAACAAAAGCCACGCUCAGGAGCUGGCUAAAUAGGACUUCUGCCCGUCUGUCUCCCACAUGCAGCGUUUCUCUUCCUGAUCUGUAAAGAAACAUUGUGCUUUACUUCAUCUUUAUUUGUCAUUGCUUCUGUUCUGGUGUUUCUUUUUCUCACUAUGAUGAGCAUUGUUUGGUUGUGAGGCUCCAUUUUAGAGAUUCAAUGUAAGACAACUACUAGCUACUCCUUGAAAUAGUUGGUUUACAAUGUGCUUGAAACAAAUGAAUGCAGGCUACGUGCAUUUAUUUUGUACAUUCUUCUGCCUUUGCCAUUUUAGACAAAUCUUAGAUGACUCACCACUUCCCCUUACCUUUUCUCUUUUUCCUUUAAUCUUGGGUUACACUGCUCUCCAAAAAUAACGCUAGGAUUUGGCUAAAUUGUGGUCAUUUGGUUAUACAGCAGCUUAAUUGUGUACAUGCCAAACAAUUUGGAUCUCAAAUCUUGCCUCAUGCAAAAAAAAAUGCAACAAUCAUGUAUGAAGUACUUUAAAAGCAGCAGUAUUUUACAAGAAUUUGAUGGAAGUUGAGGUUGGCUUGUUCAGAAUAAGAUUUGUAAAAAUAUAUGCGUUCGGGGCCAAAAGUGAAGAAUAAGUGAGUUGUAUUGUUUGCUUUGCUUUUUUUCUUCAAAGUGAUUAUUUCUGAUGUAAGAACUCUACACUACUAUGAGACAAGAAAAAUGGUUUAAGCUGUAUGGUCGCGGUGCUUUUCCCCGAUCAAUAGUACUGUAGCAGUAAACGCUCACCUUUGGAAAAUACAAGCAGUAACCUGCUUUUACUGAGUGUGCUUUCCCAUUCUGAACUUUUGUUGCUGCAAAAAAAAAUGUAAAAAUGAAAAAAAAUCUUGUACAUGUUAUCCUCAUUGCUUCCCCCUGUCGCCUUCAACUAAUUCUCAAGCAAUCUUCUCCUUGCUCUCUCCUUUGAAAACAUUGGAAUAAAAACAGUGCUGAAUAAAAGGCUCUUCUCUUUCUCA